CGAGAAUUGAAAAAUGGCUAGCAGAAGUCCCGGAGGAUUAGAGUGGUCACUCAGCAUAAAACCUUUGCUGAUCGCUCCCAAUGCCUCCUUAGACGUCGAAAUUCUUCCCAAGUUAUGUAAAUCAAUCACACUGAGUGAAAAUGACAUUCUUGGUCAUGAGGAUCAGUAUGAACAAUUCUACUCAUCUUUUGUUGCUCUGGCAUCACAUCACCUGAGUUCUUGUGCUGGAACAGUAUCAGGUUCACAGUUAGCAGAGAUAUCCAGUGCUUGUAGAGUUUUGCUGAAGUAUCUUCUGAACAGACUGCAGCAUCACAAUGAUGGAUGUGCACUUUCUCAGAAAAUCUUGAUGAUGCUAAUAAAGACUCUGUGUACUGGAGCAUGCAGUCUUGGAAAAGCAGAUGUUUUGACAUUUUGUGCCAUGUUGAGAUCCUCACAUGCACCUCCAAACAUAAGAGAAGUGGAAACAGAAGAAGAGCCAGUCUCAAGAGAGUUGGCUCGCCCCAGACUUGACACAGGAACAGAUAUAUUUGACCAGCUGACCUCGGCCUUUGGAGAACUGAGUGUUGGCACACCUACCAAAUUGGACCAGACUAUAGAGGCUGUAGCAGCAGAAGGAGAUCUUACCAUACACAGUCCUGGAACACCAUCAGAAGAAAUCAAAACAGCAUUUGCCAAAAGAAACAUUGCUAAUCUUCUCCAGUUGGAUGGAUCAAACAUUCUUGUUGAUGUCUGCACUAAAUUGACAUUUUUGGAGAAAUACUCACAGAGAUGUAAAGAUGCUCUCAAUGGUGCAGCUUUUGUGAUGCCCUGUACAUUGUCAGAAGCUCUGACUACAAGAAACAGUUACCAGUUCCUUCUGAAUGAAAUAUCCAUCAUUUGGAGAGCCUUUUCUCUGCCUGUAUUAGAGCCAUUGACUCCACAGAGACUAGAGAAGAUCAUAUCUGUAACUUUGACCUGUUUAUACACAUCGGUGACAGUGGCCAUGUCCAAUACUGUGGUCAGCUUGGCCAGUCCACAACCAGCCAAACCCAGCACCACCAAGGAUGAAGAAACUGAUAGUUAUGGAAACAGCAUUGUACAGAAAUCUCUUGAAAUAUUCAAUGCCAUGUCACAUGCCAUAAAGAAUUCUACAAGAGCAGGAGGAAAUGUGACUCAGAACAUGAACUGCCUGUCUGCCUGGCUGAUUCUUAAUGGGAUGCAGCAGGUCCUAGCUCUCACACCAGCAACAAUAUUGGAGAGAAAAGACUCCAACAAAGGAAAGGGGUCUGAUAGCAGUCAGAAAUCAAGGGACAGCAUGGGGAGCAAAUUUUCCAGUGGAAAAAGCACAUCACAAGGAUUUGGAGUCCUCUCAGUAGCUCUGUGUUCAAAAGCUAUUCAGUUGCUGAAGGAAUUGCUGGAUGAUUUACAGAUAGAAGGAUUUCUCUCAGACUCUGGGGAUAAAAGACCAGGAGCAAACAGAAUGUUCAUCCCUGUAACUGCUCAUAUGUCUGCAAGUUCACGAGUCAACAAGCUCAUGACAAACAUACCUAUCACAGAUCUCCUCUUCAAUCUGAUUAUAACAGCAUUCAGAAAGGCUUCACUGUUAAAGAGGAUUAAACAAGGGUCAGAUGCUUCAGAGACAAGUAGCAGCAGUGCUUCUGAUUCCAAUACAUUCUAUGAGGAUGACCUUAGCAGCUCUGAAUACAGCACAGAUGAGGAUGAAGACUCCGAGCCCCUCCUAGGACAAUGGUUGGAGGACACACUGUCCCCUCUUGACUCUGUAGACAUACUUACUCCUCCUCCUGUACCUGCCCGAUCUGAUGCACAAGGGGAGACUAAACGGUCAAGAAAAAUCAGCACAGAGGAUCAGUCAACACUGAUUCCAGACAGAAAGGCUCCACAAGGGUUUGUGAACUUGGCCUCUGAGAUACUGAAUUUCCUAAGUGCAUACUUUGUCAACACCCCAGACAUGGAACUACAAAAAUUAAUUAAAUCAACACUUAACGAAGAACACAUGUCCAACCUGGCUAUUCUUAUCAAAGAGCUGGAUAAAGACUGUCUCAGAGUUAACAAUGGGAAAACAUUUGACAGUUUGUCAAUGGCUUUGGCAAAGUUCAACCAUAGCCUUAUUUCAACUGGAGUUCUUUCUGAAAAUUUACAGGAUUUCCUACUAUUGCACCUCGGAGUCAGUCCUCAGGCAGUAGACCACUGGCCGACAACACUGCUGCCUCGAACACUUGCUGUCCUGGCUGAAAUCCUCCUCCUGAAACAGCAGAAAGAAAGGGAAGCUAAAGUACUGAAAAGUCAGAGUGAGGCAGCUGUGAUCAACAUUUGGAACAGAUUCAUGACAACACUCAAGUCCCUCAUGAUAUAUAAUGAUGGCACAGAAAAUUAUGAAGAUAUCAAUGUGGAGCACCUGCAGCUGUUGCUUUUCCUUUUCCACAGUUUGCCAUUAAUGCAGAAGAAAGCUCUUUUCUUGACACUUGCCCAAAAUAUUAUUGCUGUGGCCAAAAUAGACAGCAGUAAACUGUGUGAUAUGAAUCCUUUACCUUUGACAAGAAUGCUGCUAGUGUUGGAGUAUCUACUUCACUACUUUUAUGAUCCACCUGCAGAACUUCUGGAACAGGUGCGCUGGAAUCUGUUUACUGUGUUCACUGUGUCACAUGGUGGGGAGAGUGGAAGACAUUCCAACACCAAAUUCUUCCAAUGUAGAGAAGUGGAGGAGAAUUAUCGCAGAGGAUUGGGUACAGUGGAUCCCUCAGAUUGUCAAGUUCCAAGGUUUUUUAACUUGGGUCCUGUUGAUAUCAACUUACAAGAGGCUCCAAAAAUUGAUGGACUUGCUUGCAGUUUCCUUCUGUCCAAUGCUGAUGUGAUGGACUACAACACUCUGUAUGAUGCCUGUAUAACAUUACUGACUGCAGGAAGUAAUUGUGACAAAAAUCAAACAAAGAUUUCCCUGCUGGACACCUCUGCCAUGCAUUACCACUUUCUGAUUAACUGGAGACUGUUGGCUUGUUUACCACCUUCCGUGCAGUACCUACAGAUGCUGGAGAAUGCUAUCUCACACAUGGACAAUAGCUACCUGCUGCAUACCUUGCGAUGGGCCCCUCGUCUGUCUCAUAAAGUCUACACCAGCUGGAUGAAGGAUUGCUUGGUCAAACAAGGAUUGACCACCCAAGAUGCAGAUACACUGGUUAAUGGAGCCAACACAUGCUCAAACAAUGUAGCAUUUGAUGUCCGUCUUGCAAUGAAGUUUCUAAAGGAACAAAUAAACAACUUGCCCACCUUUAGUCCAAGAGAGGUCUUGCCUAUAACGAGUCUUCCAGGAGUGUAUGACAUUUUGAUACUGGACUCAGUGGUUGCCAAGAUACAGCUCAGUCUGGAAAACACUUACACCAAAGCCAUGGCUGACAUAGACCCAACAAAAGCCAUGGAAGUUGCCCAGGAACUUGAUACUCCUAUACUGAAGCUUAUAGAGGCUUAUACUGUCUUUGCUAGAUCCUGCAUUCUUGGUCAGCUAAAGCAGACAGAUGACACAGACCAGGAAAUCACAACUGAACAGCUAGAAACCUUUGGAGUCAUCAUGAGCAUUGGCUCAAGUCGUCCCUCCAAAGUAUCAGUUCUGGCUACAGAGCUCAUGUCCACCCUGCCUAGGUCUGUGACUGGAGCACUCGAACAAUGGACAAAUGAUUCCAAAAACAACUUCCCCAGUCCUGGGGCAUGGAACUCUGCAUUUGGAAAUGACAUUAUUCCUGUUGAAAGUUACAUAGAAUCAAUCCAGAGUGCUCAUAUAGGAUAUUUAUCAGAGGCUGAAUUUAACAUUGGUGCCUCUCUGAAGCAUACAUUGGCUUCCCUUGUCAGAUUCUCAUCAGACUUUGUCAGUUGGUGCCCUGAUGCAGAUAGUAGUAAGGAGAUGACACGAGUUCUCUUCCCUCUGAUUCUUGAUGCAUCAAGUUCUCAUGUAGCAGACAUGGCCUCCACUAUUCUGGAGAAGUUCUUGGGACAGGUAGAUAGUGAGGAAUUCAUGGAGAGACUGUAUAGGUACACAUUCAGUGUGUGUAAGGACUUAGUGAAUGAGUACUCAGAUCUCGAGUAUGGACUACAAGGAAGUGUCUACAUGAAUUGUCUCAAGUUCAUGCUGAAUCACAUCGAAAAACCACCAGAGAAGAAAGCAUUUGCCUAUGUGUUCUCAAAUGACUUGGAUUUGAUUAACUUGUUGCUGUCUCCCUCUAAGGAUCACUUGUCACCAGAGUUUGCAGGAAGUGUCCUCAAAUUCUUUAAUAAGCUCCUGUAUAUUGCUGACAAACAUCCCAGUGACCAGAGUUACGAGGCUCUUUGCUCUUCUCUAUCCAGAAUAGCAAACCCAGAAUUUGACAGAACCAUAUUGCAGAACUGGCUUUCCAAAAUUAUUCUUCCUUCAGAGGACCAAGAAAAUAAUAAUAAUACCCCAAAGGAAAACAGGGGAUUACUAAGAAACUUUACUCACUACAUUGUAAAAGAAAAAAGCUCUGUCAGUUCUAAAGUAUCCCAGACAUUACUGAAGGCUCUAAUUCCAAUGGGCAAAAAGCUUUUGUCUGGACCCCAGGCAGCCAUGACUGGAUUCCCCGAGCUGAUGAUAGUAAUGCACACUCUGGCUGGAGCUGGAAAUGGAGCAGGUCACCUGGAGCUGUUCCAGGCAGCCACUAGCUGGCUACAAAUCUGCAAAAAGUCCCUUGAGAAGAAAGAGGUGCUUGAGGAAAUAGUUGAAAUUGGAAGUUCCAGCAAAGCUGUGUUGGACUCUUUGUGUUGUAUUCUAUCAUAUUUAGGAGAGAUUUUGGGUGCCCUAAAGAAGGUUUCUCAGAGAGGUAGCAGUGGUGGUAUAUCCAGUGUGGAUAAUGAAGUGCAGGCCUCACAGGAGGGGGGAGACAGUGACUGGGCGGAGGACAUCACACAGGAGGACGAGGACUCAGCUGGAGAGGACUCGGAUGAGGAGUCAUUGAACAACAAACUUUGUACUUUCACUAUAACCCAGAAAGAAUUUAUGAACCAGCACUGGUACCACUGUCACACUUGUAAGAUGGUGGAUGGCGUAGGUGUGUGCACUGUUUGUGCCAAAGUUUGCCACAAAGACCAUGACCUGACAUAUGCCAAGUUUGGCUCCUUUUUCUGUGAUUGUGGGGCAAAAGAGGAUGGAAGUUGUAAGGCAUUAGUUAAGAGGGUUCCACAGAGUGCCAUGGAUUGUAAUGACAGCAUAGCUGGACAGUCCCCUUUCUCUAUGGACACCAUGUUACAGAGCAGUCUUAGGAGAAGACUGUCCUCCCCUUGUCCCUCAGAAAACACCAAGGCUGACAACAAAGCCAUAGAACUGGCAAACAAGACAAGGGAACUCCUGGGAAAACAGCUUGAAGGAUGCAGAGAUCUUCUGAUAGGAUAUCUGGACUCCAGUGAGACAGUAGGUGUGGUACUUGAUAUGUUGAAGACAAUACUUCCAUCUCUGACAGAAAAUUAUUUGAAGGUGUCACCCAUGGGGAGCACCCAGAGAGCUCAGAAAGCUCUGUAUACCCUACACAACACCCCCAAACUCACUCAGCACACAGAUGAACUCAUGACUGUAACACUGGGCUCUCAGGAGGGAGCGUUUGAGAAUGUGAGGAUGAACUACAGUGGAGACCAAGGACAGCAGAUUCGACAGCUGAUAAACUCUCAUUACCUGAGAAGGGUUGCUAUGUGUGUGCUAGCUUCUCCCCAUGGCAAGAGGCAACACCUAGCUGUCAGUCAUGAAAAAGGGAAAAUCACAAUCCUCCAACUGUCAGCACUGCUCAAACAAGCAGACUCCAGCAAAAAGAAACUCACAUUGACAAGACUGGCAUCAGCUCCUAUCCCAUUCACCGUGUUGUCUAUCAUGGGAAAUCCUUGUAAUGAAGAUUACUUAGCAGUUACUGGAUUGAAGGACUGCCAUGUUCUGACAUUUACCAGCUCUGGGCAGGUGUCAGAUCACCUUGUCCUCCACCCAACUCUGACUUCUGGAAACUUCAUCAUUAAACCUAUCUGGCUGCCAGGCACUCAGACUGAGCUAGCCAUCGUUACAGCAGAUUUUGUCAAGAUUUAUAACCUAAGUGUCGAUGCACUGAGCCCCCAGUUCUACUUUUUGCUGCCAAGUGGCAAGAUUCGAGAUGCAACGUUUAUAUGCACAGAAGAAGGCCGUUACAUAGUUUUGAUGGCUUCUAGUGGUUAUAUAUACACUCAGAUCAUGGAUGAGAGUAGCAGUGCCAAGAAUGGCCCUUUCUAUAUUACCAACGUCAUGGAUGUUGAACAUUCAGACUUAAAGGAAGUGAACAAUUUGGUAGCAGGAGGGGGUGUGUCUGUUUACUACUCACAUGCUCUCCAGCUGAUCUUCUUUAGCUAUACUCAAGGAAAGAGUUUUGCAGCCACAGUGUCCAAGGAUUUGUCCAAGACUCCAAUGCUAUUUCCAAUUACUCUCAAAGCUAAUGGAACCUCAAAAGGGAGUAAUUCUGUCCAGCCCUUAGUCCAGUGGUCAGAGGUCCCUGGUCAUACAGGUCUGAUGUACAGCAUGACACAGACCUCCAACAAUCCAGUUGUUCUCAUGAUACAGCUCGAUAGCAUCAUGGUUCAGGAAAUCAAGGUUGUCCCUGCCAAAGCAAAGAUUCAAGAUGUUGUUGCCAUAAGACACACAGCUUCUAAUUCAGAUCAGCAACACAGAACCACUAUGAUUUUACUUUGUGAAGAUGGAAGCUUAAGAAUAUACAUGGCCAAUGUUAACACCACAAAUUUCUGGCUGUCCCCCUAUCUACAGCCCCAGAGCCCCAUUUCUGUCCUCAAACCAAUCAAGAAAAAGAGAUCCACCAAAUCAGGUCGGCCCACUGGAUCAGUUUCAUUUCCUAUUGAUUUCUUUGAGCACUGUCAGCAGAGUAAUGACAUAGAGUUUGGUGGAAAUGAUUUACUACAGAUUUACAAUGCUCAACAGAUAAAGCAUAGGCUCAAUACCAUUGGGAUGUAUGUAGCAAGUACAAAGCCAUUUGGGUUUACUGUGGAGAUCAGUAACACGAACUCUGCCAAUGUAAUGGUGGGAUGUCGAGUGUUGGUUGGGACCCAGAGCAUUGAGAGAGCCCCAUCUUAUAUUGAAGUCUUUGGAAGAACCACACAAGUGAAAAUUACCAGGGCUAGAUGGUUUGACCUGCCCUUCACAAGAGAAGAAUCUUUGACUGCCGACAAAAAAAUCACACUUCAUUUUGGAGCAAGUGUGGAUCCUGGUGGAGUGACAAUGAUGGACUUUAUAAAAGUUUUUGUCAAGUCUAAGGAAUCCUUUGGAUGGCCAGAAGAACCAGACGAAUUCCUGGAAUCACAGACUCAGAAAGCGCUGUCUUCAUCAGGAGGUAUGAAUACAGGCGAAAAUGAGGUGGUCCCCUCAGCAGCCCCUCUCCCGCUGACCUCAGCUGACAGAUUGUUGGGAAGUGCCCUGGAAGUGUUGGAUGGAGCCUUUGCUGCAUGUCCUUUGGAAGACAAGGGUAUAACUGAGAUGAGAACAGACACACUAGAUAUUGCUACGAGUCUCCUCAAUCUACCAAUGCCAGACAGUGUACAGUCACAUACCAAGUCAUUGCUGGCCUCUCUCUUCCCAACCUCACAGGCUUACUACAACCACAAGGACCAGGCUGAGCUGAAACAUGUAAUGGCCAGUCUGAACAAGGACAAAGCUUUAGAUGUAGAGGCUUAUCAGAGACUUCUUGUGACAGCCAGAUCUGUCGCUGUAUCCAGGCCUAACAACCUCAUCAAGUUUGCUGAGAAAGGAAACAAAGAUGAAGAGGUUUUAGAAGUCACAGAUUUAGAAGAUGAAAAAGAUGAGAAACCAGCACCAUCUAUUGCUAGUCUUUCUGACCUUGACCCCAAAGAGAGAACACAUUUUGUGACCCAGUUAAUGGAGGCAUUCUGGGCCUUACACAGUGCUAAGCCUGCCAACCCGAUGCUAGCCCCUGUGUGUCUCCCAGGCCUGGCACAUGUGGAUGCUACAGUAGGGGCCCUGGUGGAGAUUAUCCAUGCCUUCACUAUCAGUGACUUUGACCAUGUUUCCCUGGCUACAAAGCUGUAUGUGAAAAUGUUACUGUGUCCUGACCAGCUGGUCAGUUUCUCGUGUAAGCAGGCCUUGAUUCGUUGUCUGAGGCCCAGACACAGACGAAGAAGGGUGUUUAUACCAUCUCCUCCAAGGUGCAACUCACCAGGUGGUGGAGCUGAUGAUGAUGAUGACGACGAUGAAGAUGAUGAUGACAAUGACAAGGGGGAUAAACCAGUACAGAAUGUUGUGGAACCUGUGCCCCCUCCUCACUCUGUAGAGAUAGAGGAACACAAUGAUGUAGAUGAUGCUGAUGAACAAUUUGAAGUUGUGGAGCAUGAUGAGCCCAUGGUUCUUGAGCCAGGGGACCCUGAGCCUGAGGAAGGGAAUCGGUUACCCUUAGAGGCUCUGUUAGCCAGUCGUAACUUUCCCAUGGUGGAUAUUCCACCUGAUGCUGAUGAUGAAACAAUGGUAGAACUGGCCAUAGCACUCAGUCUCCAAGACCAGCCAGGAAAUAGUAACUCUCUUGGUUUGCAAGGACUUGGACUUAACAAUGUACAGUCUGCUCUGCAGAAUGCCAUAUCUAUUGAGGAGGGCCCAAUGUCAGACACUACAGCCUCAGCUCCUGGCAGUGAUGAUGAAAUGGGGAGUAAUGCCGCCACUGAUGGAUCCACCCUCCGUACUUCUCCUGCAGAGCAUGCUGGUAGUGCAGGUUCAGAGAGUGGAGGAAGUGCCAUAGAAUCCAUAGUGAGUGGAAGAAGCAGUGCUUAUGGAGACAGAGAUAGGGAGAGUAAUACAUUUGGACCCAGGAGUGAAACCAGCAGUGUGGGUAUACCAAGUAGCUCCCUACAACAGGAGGUAGAUGGCACAGAUGUUGAUGCUGACUAUGAUGCCUCAGUCAGGCUGCAUAAUUUGCGCUUAAUGAUAAUGGAGAGACUUUUACAAUAUCUGCCAGAGAUGAGGAAUGUAGGAGGUGUUAGAGUGAUACCGUACAUGCAGGUGUUACUAAUGCUGACAUCAGAUCUGGACAGUGAGGAAGAAAAAGACAAAGGAGCUCUGGAUGCUUUAUUAUCAGCUAUUGUCAAGGAAUUGGACCUCACUGGAAAAGAUUUGGAGCAGAUUGCCAGCAGAAAUCAGUGCUAUGAAGUCAAACUUGUCCUUCUAAGAUUGCUAAGUGUUCUAUUGUCAAGAACAAAAACAGGAAAUAAACCUGCUGGGGAGUCUUCCUCCUCCUUCAUCAGUAAUGCCACAGCAGCAGCUCUUAUAUCAAGUGGAGCCAUUCCUUACUGCCUUACUAUUCUUCAAAACCUGCUGCCAUUUUGGAAACAGUAUUCAGCUACAGAAGAAGAGGGUAGUGCAGUAACUGGACAAUUAUUGAAGCCUCACCCCACAUCCCCACCCCCAGACAUGUCCCCUUUCUUCCUACGACAGUAUGUCAAGGGGCAUGCUAAUGAUGUAUUUGAAGAUUACCCCCAGAUGCUGACAGAAAUGGUUCUUAGACUGCCAUAUCAGCUCAAGAAGAUUUCAGAGAGUGUCUCUAGUGUUCCAUCUGCAACAUUUGAAAAACAAUGGAACACAAUUUUGUCAGAGUACAUGAUGACGCAGCAGACACCUUACUUCAAACGUCAAGUUAGAAAGCUGCUACUGUUUAUCAGUGGUACAAAAGAGAGAUACAGACAGUUAAGGGACCUUCAUGCUGUGGAGUCGCACCUUCAGACCGUGACAGAACUGUGUAAGGAGGGAGGAUUAGACAUCAAUGAGGCUGAGGUUACACCCGCUCCUGUCAUCCUCAACUACGAUACACUCCUCAAUAUUAUUGAGCAUUUGAAAUUCUGCAGUGAUACGGCUAGUAGCAGGCCUAUUAACUGGCAGCUGUAUUGUAGAGACAACCAAAAUGUGAUGAUAUUCUUGGUGAGGGCCAGUAUCCUCCUGAAUGAGGGAGUAGCCCCCACCCUUCUACAGCUGUUACAAAGUGCCCUGUGUGGAAAUAAAUCAGAGGAGGGGAAAGAUGGAGGGAAAUCCAGUGUAACAGGAUCCCCAGGGAAACCCAAGAAGGAUAAGGACAAGGAUAAAAAUGACCAAGAUUCAGAUGAUGGUCAGAAACAUGAUGAGGCACUUUGUCUGAGCCUGGUCCAGCUGUUGAUGAAGAUUCUUGACAGAGACCUCUUGGUGAAGUUUGUACGCACCUUCCUCCUGGAAUCUAACUCGACCAGUAUCCGCUGGCAGGCUCACAGUCUGUUACACAGUAUCUAUAAGAACUCCAGUUUGUCUGAGCAGGAGAGACUCCUACAACUAUUAUGGGAUCUUUGGAAAGAGCUACCACAGCAUGGACGGAAGGCAUCUCAGUUUGUGGAUCUGCUUGGCUACUUCCUGUUGAAAACUCCACAGACUUCUGAGAAAAAAACAAAAGAAUACCUAGAUAAAGCAGUUGCUGUGUUGAGACAGGAAAAUCAAGUUUUAACAAACCAUCAUAAUGCCCAGAUAUACAACAUGUUGCAAGGUCUAGUGGACUUUGAUGGAUAUUAUCUGGAAAGUGAUCCUUGCCUUGUUUGUAACAAUCCAGAAGUUCCAUAUGCUAAUUUGAAGCUGUCAUCCAUCAAGGUUGACUCGAAGUUUACCACCACCACACAGAUUGUGAAGCUGGUGGGAAGUCACACAAUCUCUAAGAUCACUCUGAGAAUCAGUGACCUGAAGAGAACCAAAAUGGUCCGAGUUCUGAACAUUUAUUACAACAACAGAACUGUACAGGCUGUGGUGGAACUCAAAAACAAACCUGGGCUUUGGCACAAAGCCAGAAAGAUGACCUUGACCACAGGUCAGACAGAUGUUAAGGUUGAAUUCCCUAUCCCGAUUGUGGCCUGUAAUCUGAUGAUAGAGUACGCUGAUUUCUAUGAUAAUCUCCAGGCCACAGCAGAGACGCUACAAUGCCCCCGCUGCAGUGCCUCAGUGCCUGCUAACCCUGGAGUCUGUGGUAACUGUGGGGAGAAUGUGUUCCAGUGUCACAAGUGCAGAGCCAUUAACUAUGAUGAGAAAGAUCCUUUCCUCUGCAAUGCUUGUGGAUUCUGUAAAUAUGCCAAGUUUGACUUCACUCUGACUGCCAAACCCUGCUGUGCUGUUGAUCCCAUUGAAAAUGAAGAGGACAGAAAGAAGGCUAUUGGAACCAUCAACACCUUACUGGAGAAAGCCGACAGGAUAUACAGAAAUUUACAGCAGCACAGACCACAACUAGAAAAGCUGCUAAUUCAAGUAAAAGAACAUGGAUCUGAAAGGGAGGAGGGGGUUAGUGCCAGUGGUGCAAACAGUGGAAGUGUGCCAGGCAGUAGUGUCAAUAAGUCCAUACAACAACUGGCCCUCAAGUACUGCAAUGAGUGUAAAUCAUCAUUUGAUGAACUCAGCAAGAUCAUUCAGAAGGUAAUGGCUUCUCGUAAGGAGUUAGUGGAGUAUGAUUGUCAGCAACAGGAGGCUGUGGCCGCUGCCAGCCGAGUCUCUCCAGUCACAAGUCCCCGAGAUAUCACGGAAUCACCACUGAAGGCUCGUAAAGUACCCAGCUGUAGUAAACCACAAGGGAAGGGGAGUGCCAGAACCAGUAACUGCUUUGGAUGUGCAAGUGCUGCAGUGGAGCAUUGUAUUACAUUACUGAGAGCUCUGGUCACCAACACCAACCUCAGACAAAUGCUGUGUAGCCAGGGCAUGAUCAAAGAGCUAAUUGAUUAUAACUUGAGACAUGGCACUUUGCAAGUCAGAAUAGCUGUGUUGUCUCUGCUGUGUAUGUUGACAAAAGACAACCGUAAAGGAACUGAGGAAAUGAACAAUUUAAUAAUGAAUAGGAUAGCAGGGGCACUGAAAGGACAUUUAUCCAACCCAGAUCUGGGUUCCUCUGUGAGACAUGAGAUCAUGCUGCUUGCCACAUCGUUGGAGCAAGAGGACAGUUGUUGGGAACAAAGAGUCAGAUGUGUAAUGAGGUUGUUCCUGAUGGGAAUGCAGAUGAAGCAACCAGUGAUAAUGGACACAAUAACCCUGCCUUGUCUUAGGAUUCUUCAGCAACUGGUCAAACCUGAUGGAGGUGCUGGAAAGAAGGAGAAGCAGAGCCAGGAGAUCGCUGUUCCCCUGAAGUAUAUGUCAGCUGAUCUACAUGUAAACAGUAAAGCUUGGCUAUCAGGGGAUGUCAAACACUCAUUCCAGGCCUGGCAAAAGAGACUCCCAAGAAGAGGAAUUGCAGAAUCUGUUGAAAAUAAAUCUGAAAAGAAGGAAGGCAAGAAAGAAGCAAGAGCCUUGUAUUUGAUGGAAAAGUAUGGCAACAGGUGGAGAGAGAAGAUGUGGAAAACUCCACCUAUCCACCUGAAGCUGACCCAGACAACAUGGCUUCAACAGGCCAUGUUUACACCCUCGUCCCGAUCCGCUCGACAGACAGCCUGUAGUAUCAUUGAGUCUAUCUCGCAAAUACCAUCCCGUAAAAAGGAGAUCAUUGACAUGCUUACCAAAUGCCUGGAUGAGAUCUGUAAGAGUGGAGAAUGUGCCACAGAAUUCCUUGGUCUCUUCAAACGGAUGAUCAGUCAGCCUCACUGGAAAUGUUACCUGUCGAUCAGAGGAGUGCUGCUGCACUUAGGAGACUUAAUCUCCAAGGAGGUAGAACAACUGCAAUAUUUGGAAGAGACCACCCUCAGUUCUGAUUUAGCUCAAGGAUUUGCUCUAAAAGCCCUAACAGAACUAGUAUCCCUGUUUGUGGAACAAGAUGUGAUCAAACAUUACUACAAGAACAAAUUGGUUGGUUAUGUAUUAAAUGGCUACUUGUCCCUGAGGAAGCUAGUGGUACAGAGGACCAAAUUGAUAGACGACACACAGGACAAACUUCUGGAACUGCUGGAGGAACUCACCACAGGCACUGAGUCAGAAACAAAGGAGUUCAUGCAGGUGUGUGUGAAGACGGUGAAGAAAUAUCCAGAUGAUGACUACAGAUCCCCAGUUUUCAUCUUUGAGAGGCUGUGCAGCAUUAUUUUCCCUGAGGAGAAUGAUGUUGGAGAGUUUUUAAUGAUUCUUGAGAAGGACCCUCAACAAGAAGACUUCCUGCAAGGAAGGAUGCUGGGUAAUCCUUAUAGUUCCAAUGAACCAGGAUUGGGACCUCUGAUGAGAGAUGUUAAGAACAAGAUUUGUCAAGAUUGUGAGUUGGUUGCAUUACUGGAAGAUGACACAGGAAUGGAGUUACUGGUGAACAAGAAGAUAAUCAGUCUGGACUUACCUGUCAGUGAGGUGUACAAGAAGAUCUGGGCUCCAGAGCAUGGUGAGGGGGAACCAAUGCCUAUCAUCUACAGAAUGAGAGGGUUACUGGGGGAUGCCACAGAGGACAUGGUCAACUCUCUGGACUCCAGCUCAGAGGAAGAUGUGGAUAAAGAAGAGGUGUAUAAAAUGGCUGCUGUAUUAGCUGAGGGAGAUGGUCUCAAAGUUAUGCUCAAUAGACUGGCCACUAUAAAGGACCUUGUUCUUGGUCGACAGCUGAUGACUGUGUUACUGAAGUUGUUUGGCUUUGUGGUAAAUGUGAAGGCUUGCAGACAGGAAUUGAUUAAGCCAGAGAUGAAUACCAUCAAUAUCAUGCUAGGGGCCCUGAACCUAGCUCUGUGGGCAGAGCAUGAGAGUGGCACCAGUACCAAGGGACAGACUAUCACAGAACAGAUCCUACAGAUAAUGGAGGUCAUACUGUUAGAGGCUAGCAGUCAAGACCCAGAGAUAUACACUAAUUUUUCCAAACUGUGUGGCAAUAAGGACCAGUUGUUAAUGUUACUGGACAGAAUCAACAGUCCAUUUGUGAGAUCUAAUCCCAGCGUCCUUCAGGGAAUGAUGAGACUAAUCGCCUUCCUGGCCUUUGGAGAGGAGGACAAAAUGCUUGUGCUCCUCAAUCACUUCAAACCAUACCUUGACUUUACCAAAUUUGAUUUGGAACAUACUCAAGACGAGACUGUACACCUAGAUUGUUUCUGUGAGGUUGCUUGUGGAAUUGAGAGCAAUGCUAAUGGAAUAAGACUAAAGAACAUGAUAACAGAUCAUGGCAUCACCAAAAUGGCAGUAGACUAUAUUUUACAGAAUUCUCCCAAAGUGAAAACUCUUUUACCAACUGACACAGAGAACUGGAAGGACUUUAUACAGAAGCCUGCUUUGAGUUACGUACUGCGACUCCUGACGGGGCUUAGCCAGGGCCACCCUCCCACUCAGCUCCUGAUUGGGGCAGAGUGUAUUCCUAUCCUCCAUAAGCUGGAGCAAGCUUCCUCUGAUCAGCACAUAGGGACAAUGGCUGAGAAUUUACUGGAGGCUCUCAGACACAAUGAGGAAGUAGCUGCAAAGAUUGAGGAUUUCAGACAACAAACCAAAGCUGAAAAGAAAAGAUUGGCCAUGGCCAAGAGAAAGAAACAACUUGGAGCUUUAGGAAUGAAGACUAAUGAGAAGGGGCAGGUAACUGUGGAGAGUUCCGUUCUAAAGCAGAUAGAAGACCUGAAAGAAGAGACAGGCUUAACCUGUUGUAUCUGUAGAGAAGGAUAUCGCUACCAACCACAAAAGGUUUUGGCUAUUUACACAUUUUCUAAGAGAGUGUACCUGGAUGACUUCGAGAACAAACCAAGGAAAUCUGUUGGUUAUACUACAGUGUCUCACUUCAAUGUUAUUCAUGUGGACUGUCACACAGCUGCUGUCAGACAUGCUAGAGGAAGAGAAGAAUGGGAGAGUGCAGCUCUACAGAAUGCCAACACUAAGUGUAAUGGAUUGUUACCCCUCUGGGGGCCUCAUGUUCAAGAGUCGGCAUUUGCUACCUGUCUGGCAAGACACAACACCUAUCUUCAGGAGUGCACUGGAGUCCGAGACCCGAGCUAUCCAUACAAUGUACAUGACCUGAAGCUGCUGAUAAUAAAGUUUGCUCAGGAGAAAUCCUUCAGUGAAGAGAGUGGAGGGGGAGGAAGACAGAGUAACAUGCACCUACUCCCCUACAUUAUGCAUAUGGCUUUAUAUGUCAUCAACACGACAAGGUCUGUAACCAGAGAAGAAAAGAACUUGGGGAAUUUCCUUGAUGCUGCCAAAGACAAAUGGAUUGAAAGUUGUUACGAGACUGAGGGGCCUCUGUACUGGACCACUAUGGCUCUCCACAUUUUACCACAUGCCAAGUGGAAGGAGAAAAGAGUCCAGCUGUUGGAUCGACUCAUGGUUCUGAGUCAGACUCGACAUGUGUCCCCAGGAGGAGCCAAGACAUUGGCAGAUAAAGCAGUAAAAGAAUACAGUGUGUACAAACCCUGCCUAGUGUUCUUUGGAAUCAUUAAUGCUGUUUAUGAGAAAGUAUUUAAGAAGGUAACCUUGAGUGGAGACAACAGCUGGAGCUCGGCAGUGGCAGACUACAUCAGAAAUAAUGACAAGGUUGUCAUUGAAGCCUGUGACAAGGUGCUGGGCACUUAUCAAGACGAGAUGCUGCCCUGUGAAUCAUUCUCAGAGUUCUGCGAUGUUGUUGGGCUUCUGGAGGAAAUACCUGACCCAGAUUCCUACUUAAACAACUUGUUUGCAUCAUUGCCAUAGUACAGUGUAAUGACAUGCUUUUGUGUGUGCUUUUUCUGUGAAUUCUUUUGGACAAUUUAUCAGUCAGUAUAGAUUCUUUAUGAUGCAGAAUUGGAUAUUUAUACUUAAUAAUCCAUGUAGAACACUUGUAUACAAUUUACUUUGCAAUUGGAAGCUAUGGUAUUUAAGCUUUUGGAAAAUAUUGUUAAAGUUCAUAAAUAGAGAUAUGAAAUUAUUACAAUUGCAGUGAUAUUGUUUUGGAUUUUUUUUUGGUAAGCUUUGUUGAUUUUGCAGGAAAAUUGAUACCUAUUUCUAGCUUUGCUGAUAAUAUAGUUCAAAAAGACACUAUACUGUAUGUAUCAAUUCUUUUUUUAUGACGAGAAAUAUUUCUGUGUUUAUGUUUAUAGUAUAAAUAAUAUGAAGAUGAAAAAUAUAGUUAGGUCUCUUUUCCCUCAAAAAUUGUCUGUUCUAGAUUUUGAACUUGCAUGUUUAUGUGUUUCAAAGGACCUAGCUUUUUACAUCACUGAAGUUUGGAAAUUUGUUUCUGAUAAUUUGAUUUUUGCAAAUGUGAUAAUAAAUAUUAAAGCCUCACUUAUUUAGUAGUAUAAAUUGUAAUUAAACAAAUUUCUCUCAUGUCUGAAUUAAAAUUCAUUUAUUACAUCCUUGGGGAAAAAAGACCAUAUACAUGUAUAUUUCUGUUUAUUGUGAGGUAGAAAUGAAAAAAAAUGAAGGGGGGGGAUUCAGGACUUUUUUUAAUUUGUCAAACCAUUUUGAUAUGGAGUGGUUUAUUGUCUAAAAAGAAAAGUUUAAAGGUUUAGUUUGAUGUUAACAUACAGGGUGUCCCAGAAUAUAUGAUACCGUUUCAAGAUUCUGUAAAACCUUAUGUAAUGAAUAUUGCAUUACAACAAAUGACGUUUUAUCUGUGUAAUGAUAAUGUCUAGACGUAGCACAAAAUUCCUUAACAUGAGACAACAGUGCCUGUCUCGGUAGUAACUUCUGGAUUUUCAUCAGAGGUAAACCUUUUAUAUAUGUUAGGGAUUCUGGUUUGAGUUUAGCAGUAGUAACCUAAGACUAGGAUUGAUAAUUACAGUUUCAAAUGAGGGUAGCUAGCUCAUUUUGAUUGAAAUUGCAGUUUUUUGCAAAAGGUUGAUUUAAAUUUGUUACAUUGCAAUUUCACAAGUGUAAGAAUUUUUGGGAAUAUUUUGUUGCUAAAAAAUCGUACUUAUUUAAAUAUUUUAGAGACAUAUAUCAAGGAAAUUGGCCAAGGGAUGUGUUUGUGGCAGGUAUUUCAAAUGGUAUCAUAUAUUUUGGGACACCCUGUAUAUUUAAAGGGAUUUUGUUUAUGGCAGUUUUAUGCUUUUUGCAACAAUGCACAGGAAAUAUGCUUCUUCAUGUGUGCUGUAUUCAAAGAAUAAAUAUUGUACUGGUGUGA